CUACGCUAAACCUCUCCUGGUGGCUUCUCUCCGGCGGCCGGCGGGAGACCUCGUCCUAGACUUUUCUCUUCCAACAACGCGAGAGGAAGAACUCCCCACCAAACUCCACCCUCAGUUCCUGACUCUUUUUUCCAAUCCUUCCGGUUUCUACCAGAAAAAAGACAAGCACUCUUCCGUUACCCUUUCCUCUCGCCUCUCCUCUUCGCCACUCUGCAUUGCUAGGGUUAUUGUUCCUCUCCUCAGAGAAACCCCGACAAGAGAUGCAUCCCUUCUUCCCCUCUCUCCCCAAUCAAAUCCAAUCGCAUGGAAGCGCCAAUCAACCUGUCCAACAGGCGAUGCUGUUAAACCCUACUCAAUUCCCAUCUCAAGGCCUAAACCCUCGAUUUCCAACUCCACCGAUGGCUAAUUUCAAUAAUCAAAGUUCCAAUUUGGGAAAUUUCAGCGGAAACCCCAUGGGCAUGCGGAACUGGCCUCUUUCGAUGCCUUGUCCUUCCUUGUCGAAUGGCACCGACGUGCCUCCCCUGGCCCAGAAUAAUCAGAUGGGUGUUCUUCCACUACCGGGGCCAUUUGGUGUGAAUCAGGCCGUGGGAACUUUGAAUCAGGUUAUGGCAUUGCAUCUGCUCAGGCAGCAAAAUCUGAACUUUCUUGCUUCAUUGCAACCGGGCAGCACCUUUUUGGCCAAUAAUCUGCCUCGGAACAUCAACCAGAUUGUGGGUCUGCCGAAUGAGCAGGUUCAUUUGCAAAAUCUAAUGAUGCAAAGGAAUCGGAUCAAUGCUCUCAGCAUUCCUCCAUCCUCUCGUCCUACAGGCUCUAACAACCCAGGCUUUGUUGAUUGGCAAGCCUAUCACCCGAAGCCCGAUGCAGAAUCAUCAGAAUGGGAAGGAUAUGCAACAAAGUGGGCACCAGCAGCCGCAGGUGAAUUCUGCUGAAGAUGGUGAAACAAAUGUCCUCGCCGAAAAUUCUGCUCGUAAGAACUUUACAAGAAAUCUACGUGGAUAUGGAGAAAUAGAAUCAUCAUAUAUGAGAUUUCAGAAAUCUCAAUUUCAUCAUUCAAAAAGUGCAAAUGGAAGUCAGAGGCCAUUUAAUAAGCCUGGUGGAAGAGGUCAUUCCUAUUGCAUUUUGCAACAUUAAUUUUGCUAUUUUUUAUAAUAAUUGUUGUCAUAAUCUCAAAGCAUGCUGCUUUAAUAUCUAUCAAGUGUAAGCAAUAUGAUGGAAGGGCUAAUGAGAUUGUAAACUUUAUAUGGUACAAUGCUGCAUGCUCCUUAGUAAUAAACUUUUAAGCUUUUAAUCUAUGGUACUAUUGUUGAAAUACUCAAACCAUGCACUUAUAGUAUAAUAUAGAUUAAUCGAGAUACUUUUCUGAUCAAAAUUGUUAUAUCACAUAAGCAUGAUAUAUGUAACGUCAAAUUACUGUAUUGUUGAGUUUGUAUGAACCUGGGGAGCAAGCAUCGAGAGGUAGCAACAGGCCAUUGUUUAUUUUUGCAAUUACAUGGACUCAUAUACAUGUCCUGAAUUACAUUACAUAAAGCAUUGGUGGAUCCUUUUAAACGAUCAAAACUUCACCUCUCUUUCUCAAUUGCACUUGGGUUACAGACCAAGAGUUCUCCAAUAAAUGGAUUGGUAGUGCCUGGUGGGAUGAGUCAUUAUGAUGAAAUUCAUGAGCUGCUUGAUAAAUAGGAAGUUAGUUUGGAAGAUUUUUGAAUUCCUUGAAGAGACACUGAAACUCAUAAUGGUUUGGAUUUUGGAAGGACUCUCAAGCUUUACCCUAAUCAUGAGGACCAAAACAAAGGUCUUCUAAGCCUUUCCAGAAAUGUCACCAUGGACUUGCAACACUAACCUUGAUGUCCCUGUAUUACCAUGUUUCUCUUGAAUAUGAGAUUAAAUUGUAUCACUAUCUAUUGGAAGCUACAAGAAUUCGUGGUUCUUCUCUUAAAUUCUGCCUAAUUUAUUUGAUUUACUAUUUUUUGCCUUGCCUGUUUUUUUGUGGCACUGCUCCUCCUGCACUAGCCUCAAAUUCUUUGAUCUGCUAGAGUCACUCUUUACCUUAUACUUUGGGUUGCCAUCACAUUUACAAUUCUUGUCCUUUCAUCCCUGUUCUUGGAUUCUUCUGUUAUCAUGCCAUGCUAAUAUCAGAUGCGUAGCAAAAUUUAAAUUUUUCUAGUAAGUAUAUGAAACCAUAAUUACCAAACUUUUGAACUUAAUUCCCAAAAUUGUAAACUUUUUUAGAUUUUUUUAUAAGCUCAUCAUUAACUAUUUUGGGUUGGAUUUUUUUUUUGGUAGGCCAGAGAUUCAUGCAUAUUUACUGUAGAUUCAUUUAAGAAAAUCAGACAGCAGAAUAUCCCUAAAUUGGACUGGAAUAGCGGAGUUGCCCUUCUAGACUACUGCCUCAGUGUGUUCAGCAACAUAGGCCACCACCCAGUCUGCAGCACUGUUGGCCUCUUGAUAAACGUGAUCUGCAUGGAAGGAGGCUAAUUCCCCGACCAUCCUCCAAAUGUCCAUAAGUAGAAGGUGAGCUCUAGCUUGCCACGGCCUCAUCACCCAUCUAAUCAGAGUAGAAGAGUCUCCCUCCAGAAUGAAGUGGUCAGCCCAUAGAACUGACUUUGCAUUAUAGGUUGGAUGUUCAAAACUUUGUUUAAGCAUCGGAUAGAAAGCCAAUCUGGUGUCCAUAUAAUAUAUCCUUGGCUUCCUGCUUCUGUAA